UUACUCUUUGCAAAAAUAGUAGUUUAUUCUGCGACUGCGCACUACGCUCUGACUGAUUUGAAGUCUAAUUCUGUUUACAUCGUGUUUGUGUAUUUGUUAUUGUGUUUAUAAAUUUGUUUUUUUCAGAAAAUUGAAUCUCCAUCAUGGCAAACCGAUUGAUUGCUCAGAAAAACAUCAAGCGAGCUCUGGAAGAAGAUCCAUCAAUCUUCGAAUAUGAUGAAAUUUAUAGUGAUAUAAAAAAGGAUAAAGAGGAAGAACAGAGUAAGAAACCUAAAACGGAAAACAAAUCAAAGUAUAUUUCAAAUUUACUCAAAACAGCUGAUAAAAGGAAACAAGAAAUGGAAAGGAGAUUUGAACGUAAAGUGCAAGCUGAAAGAGAUGCCGAAGGUGAUCAAUUUGCUGAUAAGCCAACGUUCAUAACAUCAGCUUACAAGGAGAAACUGGAAUUGCGAAGAGCUGCCGAGGCGAAAGCAAAAUAUGAAGAAGCUUUAGAAGAAGCAAUGGAUGUGAAAAAGCAAAAAGAUCUCAGUGGAUUUUAUAAAUAUUUUUUUAAUUCUGUUACCGAUGGGAAAAACAAAAAUGAGAAAACAGAGGACGAUAAACCAAAAGAUAGAAAAGUCGAAGAUAAAAGACGAAAAGAUAGAAAAGUGGAAGACGAAAAACGAAAAGAUAGAAAAGCGGAAGACAAAGAAUCGGAAGAUGAAGAGGAAGAAACAGAAUUGGUAAACACAGAAUUGGAAAACACGAAAUCACAAGAUUCUAAGUCAAAAAAUAUGAAAUUGGAUGGUUCGAAAUCCGAUGAUAGCAAAUUGGAUAACGAAAGAUUAGAAGAUGAAAAAUUGGUUGAUGGAAAAUUAGAUGAUGGCGAACCGGAAGACAAAAGAACAAAAGAGGAAAAAUUGGAAGCCAUUUUCAAGAAAAGAACAGUUGCAGAAGUUUUUACAGAAGCUCGAAAUAGAUAUUUAGAAAGGCUUAAAAAUCGUUCAACUAUAAAUAGUUGAUUUGUACCAAUUUUGAGCACAGAAAUGUAAAAAUUUUUGUUUAUUUUUUAAUUGAUUAAAAUUCAAAUAUUUAUAUUGAUAA